CUAAUUGUUUUUUUGGGAAGAAAACAAGGCGGACGUAGCAAUUAUCGAGAUUGAACAACGAUCUAGAAUUAAACUGUUUCACUCUCCACAAAGUCUCUUUUUAUAAAAAAAACCAAUCUCGAAUUGAUUACAAUGAAAGUCGUCAUGUCACGUUUCGGUAUCUUCGUUCUGAUGCUGUGGUCGCUGAUGAUGUGCUCCUACGGAUUUACGAUGGAUCGCGCAGUAGUAUUUGUACCACCUGCAUGGGACACGGCACCGUCCUUGGACACUUAUCAAAGAGUAUUUGUCGACCCUGCAAUGAAAGAGAUGCAAGUAACUGGUAUGAACAGGAUCUUGCAAACUGAAGAUGCGAAAAUAUCAGAAAAUAUGUUAGAAAAUCAGACGCGCAAGAAGAAAUCAACAACUGAAAAAGUCGAGAUGAAACUCAUCGAGAUAAAACCUAUCAACGAAAUAGCAUCGGCAAUGAGGAACGACGUUUCUGAUUCUUUUGAAGAAAACGCUAAUGCUGUUACUCCUCGAAAUAUCAUUUUGCUCUUGAUCGAUGAAAGAGACCAUGAGAAAAAGGAAGAGAAUUCGUGGAAAGAUUAUAAAGAAAGACUGCCCUUCGCGAUUGAAGGAGUUCUUCAAAAUUGCCGUGACAAGAUCGAGAACGCUAAUUUCUCUAUGGACAACGCGUCUACUUCUGAAAAAAAGGAAAAAAGUUGCAAUUGCGAGCGUAUCCUUUUCUCGAAUAUCAAAGAGUUGUUAUCCUGGGCGACACACACGAGAGGAAUGACAACAGGUGCAGUUUCUAGUAACAACUUCUCGAUCCCAUUUUUUCCUAAAUACGAGUCUAGCUCCAAUAAGAGUAAUGCAAAGUUAGAAUUGCGUAAAAGCAAACGCAAUUCCAACGACGGUUGGCAAGUGAUCGAUCUUAGCGACCGGACGAGUUCCGUUUCCCCUUUGAUUACGGAAGAUUCAAAGACAGACGGAGAUAUGAAUUAUGAUACCACAUGGGAUAUUUUUUAUAUAUUGUCCAAAAUAAGAAUGGCAUUUUUCCGUUCUCUACUUGAAUCAUUGCACAAGAACGAUGAUGGUGUGUUCAAGAAUGAGUUUUCAUCGCGCAAACAGUCCUUUCUUCAAUCAACUGCGAUUAAUUUAAUCGAGAAAACCAUCAGAGAGCUGAAAUCUGUUCCGAACGAUAAAGGUUAUAUGUUAGUCGCCGUCGUGCCGAGAAGUGAGGGAGCCGCCGCUGUUGAUCUUCUUCAACGCGAAACUUCUCUGAAGAACACUCUUUUGAUCGUAACGCAAAUCUGUGUUGGAGACCAAGUACCCGUUUCAUUUGCUGCACGAGGACCGAAUUGUCGAAUUUUUCGGGAAGCAAAAGUUAUUGAUGAGCUACCAAUUCUAAUAAAAAAAGCGAUAAUUACAAGCAAUUGUUAUGAUACCGAAUGUAUGAAUCAACAAAGACGCGAUAUUCCGAUUGAGUUACGUGUAUCAACUGGAAUCAUUUCGCAAGAAUUGCCAGCGGAAAAGCGAGUUAUUAGAAACACAAACAUUGAAAAACUGAUGCUGCUGAUACAACCUACGGAGGAAAUGUCCAAGCAGAUACGAGUGGAGUUGAAUGAGAAUGUAGCAACGCGCGAUAAGGAUCUCGAAAUGAUCAAAGAAUGGCUCGCCAAGCAGCCGCAUUUACCUAAGUUCGAUGAUGAUCAAAGAAUAAUGACGUUUCUACGCGGGUGCAAGUUUUCCUUGGAGAAAUGCAAACGGAAACUGGACAUGUACUUCACGAUGCGCGCAAUAGUCCCUGAAUUUUUCUCCAAUCGUGACAUCACAAGGCCGUCGCUGCAAGAAAUAGUGAAGCUUGUACAUAUACCUCCUUUGCCAGGCUUGACGUACAAGGGAUGUAGAGUGAUCGUCAUGCGAGGAAUCGAUAAGGACGUACCAACUCCCAAUAUACCGGAAGCUAUGAAGAUAGUGUUCAUGAUCGGCGACAUUCGUCUGAAGGAGGAGGAACACGGUGUGGCUGGCGACGUCUACAUUCUCGACGCUGCCGUCGCGACGCCCAUACAUUUUGCCAAGUUUACACCACCUGUAGUGAAGAAAUUCCUGGUUUGCGCGAUGGAAGCAUAUCCGGUGAAGCUGAAGGAAGUGCACGUGAUAAACAUCAGUCCACUCGUAGACACAAUCCUUAAUUUUGUCAAGCCUUUCCUGAAGGAAAAGAUACGCAAUCGCAUCUUCAUGCACAGUGAUAUCAAGACGCUUUAUGAUUACAUACCUCGAGAGAUAUUGCCGGCUGAAUACGGUGGCGACGCUGGACCCAUCCAGAAUAUACAUGACAUGUGGAUGAAGAAGUUGGAGGAUUACGGGCCGUGGUUCGCGGAGCAGGAAGCUAUGAAGACUAACGAGGCUUUACGACCAGGUAAACCAAAGACGCAGGACGACCUAUUUGGUCUUGAUGGAUCCUUCCGGCAGUUGUCGAUCGAUUAAGUCGUUUAACGCGAUUCGAAAUCGUUAUGACGUAAUCAUCGCCAACGGCAGUCGUUAACGAGAUUGUCAGCGUAAGCUUCGAUGUCGAUCGAUCAUAAACUCCGUCCACUAUGAAAGCCGAAGCAUUUCCGUUUCAAACGAUUACAAAUGCAUCGCAAACUUUUGUACGAAUUGUGCUCGAUAUCGAGUAUCUUUAAAAUAGCACGAUUAAAUUUAUAUAAUUUAUAAUAUAUAGUUAAGACAUAAUAUAUUUUUACCGAAAAGCUUGCCAGAAAAAUAUGACAGAGAUGGUUCAUUAACAGAAUAUUAAUU